UUCAUCAUGUCUGAACCUCGUCGAAGGAAACACAAACAGAAAAGCGGUGACGUCAAAAACGGAGUUCGCUCGAACAGCAACGAGAGCGACGCCGUCGAACCGAAAAAGAAAAAGAUCGCGCAACACGCUGCAAUGGAGACAAUCAAAGACAUUCUGACGUGGAAAACAGUCAACGUGGUCAUGGGCCUUCUUGUUUGCCUAUACCUCGGGCCAAAGUGGGCAUUGCAGAUGAGAGAACUGCACGAAAACGACAUGUUCUUUUCAAACAUCAAGGAAGUGGAACGUGAGAUAUCGUUUCGUACAGAGGCUGGUCUGUAUUAUUCCUAUUACAAGCAACUUGUUGAAGCGAGGACGUGGACGGAAGGAAUUCAUUCACUGAUUGCUGAUAAUAUCACUGAGCACCAGCGAACCAUCAAUAUCAUUGAACGAUUCAAUAUUCAUCAAGAAGUAGUUCUGGGCACCAUUUACAGACUGUUUCCGUGGAAGCAUCUAGUAGAACCGAUUUACUUCUACAUGAACACUGUCUUCUCGUUGUAUGGUCUUUAUGGGAUGGCGAUGUUUUUGACUGCGUGGCUCCUUUGUGGCUCAUGGUUAGGUGGACUUCUUACCAUGGCAUUUGUGUUCUUCAACAGGAGCGAAGUGACUCGGUUAUAUUUUACGAUUUCACUGCGUGAGAGCUUUGCGUUUCCAUUUAUUUACAUGCAGCUCGGCUUGACGACGUUCUAUGUGAGACGCACACACAAGGACCUUGUACGACGGUUGCUCUUUGUUAGCAUUUGUGUCACGACACUGGCGUUUGUCAUAGCUUGGCAGUUUGCUCAAUUUAUUCUUCUUCUUCAAGCGCUUGCGCUGUAUACUGUGCAGUUGGUGGGGAUCGUUCCCAGACACAAGAUCAGAAGUUUGUUUCUCAUUCAUGUUGCCUCUUUGCUGUCCGUCUUCAUCUUGCAAUUUGGCAACCCAAUGGUACUUCAAUCUUUGGUUCUCAGCUUUAUUGUGGCAUCACUGUUAGUAUUUGCGAUUCAGAAAGAUGUUGCUCAGGGAAGGGACUUUUUUGUUCAUCUGUUGUCUGCAGUUGGCUACUCUAUUUUGACAGCUGUGUUAGCAUUUUUCCUGAAUUUUCUAGUGAAGUUGCUGCUCAAUGUUGAAGCUGACGAGCACAUUAUGAACUUUGUGAAAUCAAAACUAGGAUUGGUGGAUCCUCGAGCUCUUCGAGACUUUGAUGUUUUAUUGUAUGUAUGCAACGGUGCAUUCAUCUAUCUGCCAUCUGAUAUUUUCAUGAGAAUGACGGGGACUCUGCUACUGCCGACAUAUUUGUUGGUGUUGAUAGUAUGUGGGUUGUUGAUGGUUUUGAGUGUUUCCCAAUAUUGGUCGAGGUCGAGUCAGUUGAAAGAUGAGGACGACAAUCAGCAGCCAGUGAUGUAUAGGCGUCCUGAUCUGUCUUACUUUGCGGUGCAGACUGUGUUUUAUGGGUUAAUGGCACUUACAACGAGACGAUUUGUCUUUCUGUGGGGUCCAUCUAUGUGUAUUCUGGCCGGUGCUGGUGUGUGUGACACAAAGAUCUGGGAUUGGUUGGCAACAACACUUCGUCUGCCAAACACAGUGGGGACUUACAUCAGAUGGGCAUUUGUUGCCUUCUUUAUCGGCAUCCUGAUCUACAUGUGUUUCCCUGAAAUGAAAGAAAGUCUCGAACAGCUGCGCGAAUUUUGGGACCCGGACACCGUGGAACUGAUGGAAUGGAUUAAGAACAGUACUGCUCCAACUGCUUCGUUUGCAGGCAGCAUGCAGCUGCUGGCUGGUGUCAAACUGUGCACAGGUCGACACAUCACGAACCAUCCUCACUAUGAAAACAAGUGGCUCAGACAACGGACACUUCAGGUGGGACAGAUCUACGGGCGACGAACUCCCAAAGAAAUACACGAAAUCUUGAAAAGCAUAGACGCCAACUAUAUCAUACUUGAAGACUCUAUUUGUAUUGCGAGAGUGCAGAAGGGUCAAGAGGGAUGCCGUUUCCCUGAUCUGAUCGAUCUCUCGAAUGGGCAUCGAUUGGAAGUAUCUCUGGGAGACGACUACGACAAGGAUCUCAAAUCCACAAACGUGCCUCGAUUCUGUGAUGAGGUUCGUCAUAGAUCAGGUGACUAUAUGCGUCUAUUCAGGCUGGUGAUGGAAAACCGCACUUUCAGAGUAUACGAAGUCACGUGAUGCUGAGAUUAUCAAAAGCGACUUGAAUUGAGUGUUCAGUACUUACACAGGAUUAAUUCAAUUCAGAUGCUCUGUUUGUUUCAGUGAGCUCUACUGCUAGUUCUGAUCAGUUUUUUCGUGUAAUCCAACAUGUCUUGCCAUUCGGCCGAUCGUUGCAGCA